AUGACUAGUACGACGAAUGAUACAUCUCAACCAAAUGGUAUACCCAAAGGCGAAGAGGGAUCGCGACCUUUGGCAGAGAUAUCGACAUAUGAACAUAUACCAGAUGCUGAAUUAAGUGACGACGGGAGUGAGACGUCUUUGGUUGGCUACAUAUCAAUAAGGGAUUUUGCAUAUGAAGAAUCAAACCCAUUACACUAUGGAUAUUAUGACGAUGGUGCAGAAGAAACAGAAGAUAUAACAGAUGUAGGUGGCUACCCAGGAGAUGAUUCGUAUACAAAUGAAUAUGAAGGCGGAGAGGAAGAUGGCAAAGAACCUCUAGAGAGACGACAAAGUGUAAUACUACCGAAUGAGUACAUUGUAAAUAAAAGAGCGGUUGCGUUAUACAGUUUUCAACCAGAAAAUGACAACGAACUGGGCUUUGAUGAAGGAGAUACAUUGUUUAUAAGUUACAGACAUGGACAAGGCUGGUUAGUUGCUGAGAAUCAAGAGAGGAAUAAAACAGGGUUGGUACCCGAAGAGUUUGUAUCGUUUGUCGAACCUAGUCAAGAGGAUGAAGAUGAGGAUAACACAUUAGCACGCCCAUUCUAUCUGACACAAUUCAUAACCAAUGGAUUAUGCCCGUCUCAGGAUGAUACUGAAGGAGAAGAUAACGUGGUAGAUAAUGAUGAAGAUUGGGAAGACAUUGAUUAUUUGGAAUCAGAUUUAAAGAAAAAUUUAACAUUACAAGAACAAAAAAUCGGAAAUUAA